AGUGACGGCGGACCGCCGGAAACCGUAGAUUCGGGGAGGUCGGAGCCGCAGGGAGCUGUAGUUCUCCCGCGGAUCAGAGAACUAGGCAGAGAGCGGAGCUGGCGGCCGGGCAGCAUGGCGGGGCUGGAGCUCUUGUCGGACCAGGGCUACCGGGUGGACGGUCGGCGCGCCGGGGAGCUGCGUAAGAUCCAGGCUCGGAUGGGCGUGUUCGCGCAGGCUGACGGCUCGGCCUACAUCGAGCAGGGCAACACCAAGGCGCUGGCGGUGGUCUACGGCCCGCACGAGAUCCGGGGUUCCCGGGCUCGAGCCCUGCCGGACAGGGCCCUAGUGAAUUGUCAAUAUAGUUCAGCGACCUUCAGCACAGGUGAGCGCAAGCGAAGGCCACAUGGGGACCGGAAGUCCUGUGAGAUGGGCCUGCAGCUCCGCCAGACUUUCGAGGCAGCCAUCCUCACACAGCUGCACCCACGCUCCCAGAUUGAUAUCUAUGUGCAGGUGCUACAGGCAGAUGGUGGGACCUAUGCAGCUUGUGUGAAUGCAGCCACACUGGCAGUGCUGGAUGCUGGGAUACCCAUGAGAGACUUUGUGUGUGCGUGCUCAGCUGGCUUUGUGGACGGCACAGCCCUGGCGGACCUCAGCCAUGUGGAGGAAGCAGCUGGUGGCCCCCAGCUGGCCCUGGCCUUGCUGCCAGCCUCGGGACAGAUUGCGCUGCUUGAGAUGGAUGCCCGGCUGCACGAGGACCACCUGGAGCGGGUGUUGGAGGCUGCUGCCCAGGCUGCUCGAGAUGUGCACACCCUCUUGGACAGAGUGGUCCGGCAGCAUGUGCGUGAGGCCUCUAUCUUGCUGGGGGACUGACCACCCAGCCACCCAUGUCCAGAAUAAAACCCUCCUCUGCCCACACAA